AUAAUAUCUAAAUACAUACAAUCCAAGUCUAAAUAACAUCCAAUAAUUUAAUAUUUACAUCAUUAAAAUCACUCUAAUUGUUCAUUCAGCAUGCCGAAUUUAGUUUUUUGUCCCCUCAAUAACAUUUUUGAAUACAUCUCUUGCUCUAGCAACAUUUUCUUGUAAAGCAUCCUCUUUAGUCCUCAAUCUGCAUACCAUUAAAUAAUUAAAAUGAAAGUUUGUUAAUAACAAGAAAGAGUUCAUAACAAAAAUACUUGAAACUUUUUGGAGUUAUUUGCAAACUAAAUAGCUCCAAAGAUGUAUCAAUGAUAGUUCAACUUUCAAGAACAUGAUCACUCCAUAAGACAAAACAACAAAACAAUUAAGCCAAAAAGUGCAGUGCAUAUAAUCUAUGAGGUUGAAUUGAAGCACUUAUGUCAUUGAAUUUUAAUCAUUACCAACUCUUGACAAACUGAAAUUAAAAGACGAAAACUCUCAUGUGUCUAAAUUAGAACUCUUAAAGCUCAAAUUGUGUAUCAUGGAUGCUAGGAAUUAUAAGAAUUAUAACCAUUUGCCAUAUAAUAUCAAAUGCCAAUAGAUUUAAGGCACAUCAUUGUGAAAAUAAUGGAUGACUAUCCAAGAAAUUUAAGGUAAAGCCAAAUCAUUGUCAUUUUAAUUAUGAUAAAGGUUUAUACAUAGUACCACAUACCAAUACAAGCACUAUCCAAUGUUAUUAAUAUAAGUAACACCAAGGUUAUUAUAGUUUCUAGAUUCUAAUCAAGUUGCGAGAUAUCAAGUUCACCAAUAUGUACUCCCUCCCCAAGAAACAGGUUUCACAAAAACUCAGUCAAAAGUAUUUCAAAAAUCAGGUCCAAUUUAAUCCUCCAAGGUAAUGCGUCAAAUAGAGGCGGGUGAAAUGUUAAUCUUACCAUAAUCUGCUCCAAAAAACAGCAGUACCACCCCACACGAUGCCCAAUGCCAAAGUCAAACUUCCAUUACCAAGUUAGCCUAAACUACCAGUGAAUAUUCAAAUUCCAGCAGCUUCAUUUCAACCUUUUGGAGGCCAAAACAGGAGCCCCAGCACUGCCAUUUCAGCUCCAUUUCAAGCCCAAAUGCACAACAAAAUAGCUACUGCAGCCGCACGGGUUGACCUCCAGAAUAAGUAUCAUUCAAACAUCAAAUUGCCACAAUUUGUCAAAUCGUGACAGCCCCAAGGCUUAAUCACACAGUUCCAUUGAAAUUUUCAGUAGAAAUAGCAGUUCCAAAAAUACAGUUAAAAUAGUCCAAAAUCAAUUUUGCAGCUCCACCACUCCAGCAACCGUAAAUUCAAGGCAAAAGUAAAGAGUUUGUUUAAUUAACAUUACAAUAGCAGCAUCAAGAGAAAAUAAACCCAGAACAUAAACCCAUCACGUAGGUCUUACAGUCCGUUAAAUAGAAAUAAUUCGAAGGGCAAGAGACAGUUCCAACUCAUCAAGAACAGUAGUUUAAUUCACAAAAUUAAAUCACAAAGGCAACUCAAAAGAGGUGUUAUUAGAAAAAUAUGAAUAAUCUCUCACAAUACCAGCGUAGAAUCCGAAAUAAGUAGGUCAAAAAAACGAGCAUAAACACAAUCCAAGUUCACGCUGUGAACAGUAAUACGAAAUCCAAAAACCCUUAAAUCGAGAUGAAAUUGAAACAAUAUUGAAAUCCAACUUCAUACCAAGGAAUAGGGUUCCAAAUCGCUCAAAAUACCAGAAGAUUACCCAUCAAAAGUGUCCGGAUCGAAGUGAAUCAAAGGGACAAAAAUUCGAAUGAACAGUGCGAGAAAUAUCGUUGACUUCCAUUUCUUCAAAUAUUCUUCACCAAUAUCAGCAAAAAAACCUCAUGAACGGAUACGCCAUCUGAUGGCACACCCCAGGCUCCAAAGAUCACGCAAAAUGAACUAAAAUCGAAGGAAGAGGAGUAAGUCUCGUUCCUGUGACACUGUUCCUGGCGAGAACGAGAAACUACAACUCCUAAUCUAAGUGGCGGCUCAAUGACUUUGGGUUAAAGGAAUCGGAGAAGGUCAAUCAACUUCUAGGCUACCACUCUUUAAUGGCACCAACUAUUCCUAUUCAAAGGAAUGGAUGAGAAACUAUAUCCGUUCCACCAUCUUCCAAUUGUGGCUGGUGAUAAAAAACGACGAAGAAAUCCCUAUGAAGAAAGUGGGAGAAACCACCAUCCCAAAGACCGAGGACGAGUUUGAUGCCGAAGACAUCAAGAAGGUUGAAAACUAUGCAAAGGCCAUCAACAUGAUAUAUUGUGCGGUCAACCCCGACGACUACCGAAAGAUCUCCUGUUGCACAACUGCCAAGGAGAUGUGGGACAAGCUUGAAGUGACGUACGAAGGUACCGAUCAAAAUAAAAUAAGAACAAAACGAACAUAUCAGUUCCGAAUGAAGGAAGUUGAGAAACUCGACGACAUGUUUGAUCGGUUCUCAAAGAUUAUAAACGAUCUUCAUGCUCUUAAGAAGACAUAUACCAACAAGGAUCUCGUAAGGAAAAUCCUGCGAAGUCUCACCCCCGAAUGGAGAUCAAAAGCUGAUGCAAUCUAUGAAUCCAUUAGAGUCUCCAACGUCACCAUCGACGGGCUAAGAGGUAAUCUUAAAACCUAUGAAUCUACUAUUCUUAACCCGUCUUUGAAUGACCAAAAGAAAGGGAUAGCAUUAAAAGUCGUCAAAGAAUCAACGAUGAAUGAUUCAAGUGACGAUGAUGAAGUCAAGUUUGUCAUGAAGAAGUUUUGUAAACUUCUAAGGAAGAACGAAAAGGUUGAGGAUGGCCCUGUGUGCUAUGGAUGUGGUGUAGCCGGGCACAUCAGGAACAGAUGCCCGAGAAGCGGAAGGAAUGCUCGUCAAUUCAAAAGGCAAAGGGCAUAUAUCUCUUGGGGUGGCGACUCCGGCGACGAGUCAACCGACCAAGACGAGGAUGAAACUGCCAACCUCUGUCUCAUGGCGCACGGAGACCAAACUGACGAUGUACAAGAGGUUAAAGAAAACGUUGAGCCACCAUCUAGACAACCAUCUAAGGCUCAACACAAGAGCAGGGCUGCCCCUUCCGGGAAAUCCAAGUCCAAAUCCCGGGCACCGUCAACAAACUCCGAGGAGCGCCUAUACUAUGGCGACGGAUCGUAUCUCUGGUUCGAUUCCGAGGAGGAGCGCACCCGUUUUCUCACCUUCUUCUCUAAACGGGUUGUGGCUCCCCCGCGGAUUGUCCCGGAGCACUUCCCGGAGUUGCAGGGCAACGACAAUCUAGACGCGCAGCUUCACCAGGCCGGCCUUUGGCCGUUCGUCUCCCGUACUCGGAAGGAGAUCAACCCGGCGCUGAUUCGGGUCUUCUACUCCAACCUCCGGCAUGAGGGCGACGUUCUCUACUCUCUUGUCAAGAGCACGCCGAUAGAGCUUUCCGUUAAGCAGCUUGAGCGCAUCGCCGGCCUCCCCUACCAAGGCGACGACGUCUCCCACUAUGCCGGAGAGGACUGGGUGCUCAACAACGAGGGUCUUAUCCUCAAUGAGCUUGGCAUCACCGAGCUCAUCCUCGCCGCGUCCACCGACCAUGAUCACCUCCUCCUGUACCCGUUCGUGGUGAUGGACAUCCUUGAACGGUUCAAGGUGACCACCACUGGUGGCCCACUCACAAAGGCCACGAAGAUCUGGGCGAUCGGAACCCAAACCUUCAAGAUGCGGUCAGACAACGCCGGACCUGCCACUGCCACUGCCGCGCCACGGCGCUGUUCUGCUGCUGGCCCAGCUGAACCCCAGGCCCGGGCCAACCUUGCCUCCAUCGCCGACUCCCUCAACCGGCUUCACUUCAAAGUUGACGGGAUGGAUGGCUACCUUGAGCGGCACGCCAUGAACGCAUACUUCCAACGCCUCAACUACGUCCCCCCACCAUACCAAGGCACGUUCCUUGGGCAAGUGUACGGUGACGAGGACAAAGAGGAUGGCUCAUACACCCCGUCAAACUCCCUGGACGAGGACGAGUUCGAUGACACUAUUGAUGGCAAUGAGAUGGACGUCGACGACGACGAGGAGGAAACCGAAGACGAAGACUAGGCCACACCUAGAAUGUUUAUCUCUUCUUUCUUCAAUUGUCUUGUUUUUUUUAUUAUUAUUGCUUCCGUUGUACUCUGCCUUUUCCCUUUAAUAAAUAAAAUUUUCUUUUAUCUUUUUGCUAAUGUCAAAAGGGGGAAGAAAAGGGCUAUGCAUAU